UAUGCAUCAACUUGCAUUUCUUCUUCUUCCUGUUAGCUAGCAUGCAGCAAGCGAUUCCGUACAAAUCAUGGCCUCUGCCAUGCGUGGACACGACUCCCCGACCCGCCUCGUCGACGACGGUCGUGGGCAAAGACAUGGUCGGGAUCGUGUCGGAGAACGCGGUGAUUGUGUUCUCGAGGAAGGGCUGUUGCAUGAGCCAUGUGGUGAGGCGUUUGCUGCUGGCGUUGGGUGUGAACCCUGCGGUCUGCGAGGUCGACGAGAAGGAUGAGGCCGGCGUUUUGAGUGAGUUGGGGAUGAUGGAUUGUUGUGACCGGGGGAGUGGCGGAAAGGGAAAAACGUUGCAGUUUCCGGCGGUGUUUAUCGGCGGUAGGUUGUUUGGGGGUUUGGAUAAAGUUAUGGCUACUCAUAUUAGUGGAGAGCUGGUUCCUGUGCUGAAAGAUGCCGGGGCUUUGUGGCUUUAAUUCAUUCGUCUCCGGUUUUCCUCAUGUGAUUCGUUGAAACCGAAUUAUGAUUUUAUUUACUGAUCAUUUAGGGUUUGUGCUAAUGUACUUCCUUUCCUAGAUGAAAUUUUGUCUGUCUUCUUGACAA